AGGCAGAGCCUUUGUAUUUCCCAUUCAUUUUGAUGCGGUCGAUCACGUUGUUGGUACUCUCAACUUACGCGGUUAUCGUAGCGUCAACUCAGGCCACACGACUUCACAAGAGUGAUCACAAUGGACUUGAAAGAGACAACUCUCGUGGUACAGAUGAGGAAACGACAGAAUUACAGGGUCAUCAGCACGAACCGGAGUCAAAAGAACUGCAUAGAGAAGCAGAACAUUAUGUCACAAAAGAGCAAUCAGACUCCCAAAAGAAUAAGUCUGGACAUAAUUUGAUUGAAUCAAAUGCGAAGAGUUUCCUGAAACACCACAAGAGAACGCUUUCGUCAAAACACUUCUCCGUAGCCAAGCGAUCUUUAGAUGAGUCAGAUCCCUGGUCGAUCAAAUACGAUGGACAAAGGUGGAAUGUUCUACCGAGAAUUGUCAAUGAGCCAAGCUACAGAGAGAGUGGAAGAGUAAGGGCCAGCGGAAGAAUAAGGGGCGGUGGACGAUGGGGAUCUAACGUUGAAGAGCCUCCUUCGCUAUGGAAAGAUUCUCGUAUCAACCCGAGCAUUCGUCGUGAAGAAGUCGACGAAGAUCCUCGGAUUUACAUUCCUCGCGAAGAAGUCGACGAAGCUCCUCGGAUUUACUCUAGGAAUCGCGAGCAUGUUCCUUGGGCAUAUUCCCCGCCCUACAAGAAGGCAAAGGUAUAUCGUUCUCCCGCAAGAAGCCGAAGACAACCAGUAAACCUUGUUGACUGAAGAUUCCUCAGAGCAAAGACCACAUAAAUGAAUUUGAUUCUAGAUCGUGACAAUCAUUUCUUUGCCACUUC